AUGAAUGGUACGAGGCUCUGCAGCUCCAAGUGGACUCGUGGCGGACGGGGCGCAACGGACAAGGUAUACCAAUGUGAUGUUGGCAAUUUUGGUUUUGCAACGCGGGUUGCGAACCCGGCAGGAAUCAUCAAGAUCUCAGGCGGGGUUGUGAUCAUGGUGCGCAAGGGCCUCACGAUCUCGGAUUUGCACGAGGAGGCCUACGAAGAUCACGACUUCGAGGAUGGUAUGUCACAGAAGGGCUUCUUGCGCGCGCGAGUACAUCAUCCUUCCAUUGGGGAGGUGUGGGUCAUUGGGUCCCACACACAAGCAUGGCCCGAGAAUGAAGAGAUUCGCGUCAAGCAGUGGCGGCAACUUUGGAGACACAUCCAGACAACCAUUCCAGAAGGUGCACGCGUGGUGGUUGCUGGAGAUAUGAACACAGAGAUGUCUGAGAUUUCUGUCAUGAAGACAGAACUCCAUGCGGCCAGUCCGCCCCUUCAACCGGCUGGCUUUUGGCUGCCACUGCGCGAGACCCUGAAGUACAGCUCCUAUGGAGGCGGUGGGCAGAAUGCCUAUUUGCACUACGAUCCCAAGGAAGUGCAUGAGAAAAGUCCUCACGAUCAAAUAGCUUACAUCUCGAACGACGGCAAGUAUGCCAGCCCUCAGACCAUGAAGUGGCAGUAUCUGCCAAUGAAAUCGGAUGUUUGCUUCUCCAGCUCAUUGACGCGGCCCAACAUCUCUGUAGACGAUUUGUCUGACCACUAUGCGGCCUAUGCAGAGCUGUGCUACGGCAGCCGCUGUGAAAGCCAAGAGUUGUCAGGACAUCGUGGAUACAGUCGCAUAGGUUUCAUGGAAGCGCCGCGAUGCUGCCCCGGACGUGGAAUGAUAUAUGGCAAGUGCUUUGACUGGGCGCCUGGUGGCAUACAUGCAGGUGACAUUGGACUCAGCGAGUCGCAACGCUGCACCAAGAUUUCGAAAAAAUGCGAGACCAAGGUGCAGGCCUCAAGCGUAGAAGAAUGCCUUAGAAUGCUGGCUGAAAUGGAUCUUCCAUUCGACCAAAUCGAAUGCAAUUGA